AAUUGAAACCAACCUUAAGCUCUUUGUGUCUACGCUUUAAAGGUAGCCCCGAUUAUUGCUGACUUAAGCAUCGGAGUGUCUACCCCGAGGAUCCACCUCGGGGCUUUGCAGGUUAAUCUAGAGUGCAGAUACGGACUGAAGAAGGACUUCCGGUUUGGUGCAGUUACAUUUUGGCGCCGUCUGUGGGAACCUGAACUAAAGGCCCUUUUGUUGCUCUUAUCAUGGUGAAAACUAGGGCCAAUCUCACAUCGCACCAGUUAUGCAACCCCCUCGUGAUGAUGUCACUCGACGUUUAGAUAGCUUAGAAAAGCUAGUGGUCGAACAGCGAGGUAUCCCACCUCCACACCCUGCUGUUGACUCCGUACCUCACCCUCUCAACACCAAUAUCAUACUGGAACCCUACCCCGCUGGCUUUCGAAUACCACAGCUUGAAACUUAUGAUGGGACGAAGGACCCCGAUGAUCAUCUACAUGCUUUCUACUCUUGCAUGCAGGCCCAGAACGCCUCUGAUGCGUUCAUGUGCAAAAUCUUUCCCUCUACUCUCCGAGGUAAUGCUCGAACCUGGAAAACCACUUCCGAGCUGAUGCGAGUUAAGCAGAGGGACGGAGAAUCUUUGAAGAAUUUUAUGAGCAGAUUCAAUGAUGCAGUGCUAGAAGUUAACUCUUUCGACCAAGCAGUGGGAAUUACAGCUAUGAUCUCGGGUCUCAGCCAUGAGAGGUUCCGAGAUAGUUUGCUCAAACAUCCUGCCAACACCUUCAGCGAGGUAAAUGAUAGAUCAUUGAAAUUCAUAAUUGCUGAGGAAUAUGCUCUGUCGCAGAACCUAACUCCUACUAAGAGCCAACACCCGGACUGGAGAGAUGAGAAUCCGAACAGGAAAUGGAUGAAGACAACACAGAACCGAGGCCCAAUGUCGACUUCCACCCCGAGAUUCGGAAGGCCUAACUCAGCACCUUCGCAACAACCUGCAGGUAAACCUCCAGUUAAUUGGAUUCCUUUUAAUUUACCGAGGUCACAAAUCUUCAUGCAGAUUAAGAAUAAAAUGGACUUACGACGUCCGGGUCCAAUGAGAACUGCUGCUGCUACUAGAGACCAUACAAGGUAUUGUGAUUUUCAUCAAGAUCACGGUCAUACAACAGAGCAAUGCAAUAGUUUGAGGUCCGAACUGGAAAGCCUGGCGCAGAAAGGAAUGCUGAAUGAGUACAUCCAAAGAGUUGAACAGCCACGAUUUGUCAGGGAACAAGGGACACAGCAUCAAAGAGUCCGCAAUCCCCCAAACAGGCAAGGUGUGGGAUAUCAGCAGGCCCCACCACCACUCCCACCACCAGCUAGAGUCAUACACAUGAUUACGGGAGGUCUGGAAGCAGGUGGACUGAGCUCUAAGCAGAGAAAGUUGUAUGUCAGAGAGCGUGUCCUUGUUGACACCGGGAGUGCACCAGACAUCAUGUACUUCCACUGUUUUGAGAGUCUCGGGAUAGAUCCAGCUCUGUUGCAGUGGUAUGAUGGUCCCAUCUACGGGUUCAACAACCAACCAGUUCCAGUUGAAGGAGUCCUCACCAUGAAUGUUGCCUUUGGAAGUGGCCGUAGUUAUGUGACCCCUUCAGUGAGGUUUUUAGUGGUCAAGAUGGCGUCCUCUUUCAACGUUGUCAUUGGCCGACCUACACUGACUGAGAUCCGAGCCGUGGUUUCCCAGUCUCAUCUAUGCAUGAAGUUCCCAACUCCUACGGGAAUAGCAACACUGCGAGGCAACCAGGAGGUAGCCCGGCAUUGUUAUAUCACCUCGGUAACACAACCUCAGAAGAGCAAGGCUCAGACACCCGAGAUUAAUCCCAAACAGAUAUCUGAUGAUCGGCAAGUUAUGGGUGUUGAAAUAGUAGAUAACCGACCAGAAGAUGAAACCAGAGCUGCUCUAGUUGAAGAUGUGGAGGAGAUAUGCUGGGAAUCCCCACUUCAGUUUUUCAACAUAAACUCAGCACCAAUCCCCUCAAGAAACCAGUAGCCCAGAAGCGACGUCUCUUCGGGAGGGAGAGGUUAAAGGUUAUUAAAGAGGAAGUCGAGAA